AACAUUAAAUAGAAAAAUGUGAUGUUGAUAAACAAGAAUAGACAUCCUACUGCUUCGCUAUGUGAUUGUUGCGUCUCAAUCGAAACUUAAAGACGAGUUUGACAUUUGAUCUUUGGCAAUCGACAUGAAAUCAUUAACGUUAGAGAAAUUUAUACCUUCCUGAGAGUAAAAGCUUAAUUUAGCACAAAACCGAUAUAUUUAUAAAGCAUGGGAUGUCAUGAAUUAUAAUUGGACUAAAACUGCAGUUAAUAAAUAUAAACUGAAUAAGUGAACGAAAAUAAUUUGAUGACUCGCUAAUUGAAUGCCGUGGAAACCAACGUGUGCGCGAUAUUGGAUCAAUUUCUGUUCCAUAAUGAAUUUGUAUAGUAAGAUAAAACUAGUGAUUUUUGUUCAUGUCAAAGGAUACUACUUGUAGAUUGAUCAAUACAAAUGGUGAGGAAAAAUGAGAAGUCAUGCUGAUAAACCUCCCCAUAUUUACAGUUUUACUGUGCUUUGAGUUGACAGAACAAGGGAUUAUCAACAGCGAAAAAUUCAAGGAGACUUCCAGAAGUAUGCAUGAUUUUAAAGGACAUGAUAAAAAAUAUCCUGAAAAUAAAGACACUCAACGACAUAUGCAGAUACACGUUUUAUUCAGCAAUAUAUUAAAUAAAUUUAAGUUACCUUUCCAAAAAACAAUUUAUGAACACAUAGACCGAGAUAAAAGAUCAGUAGAAACCCAGCAUAACAAUACAACUACUAACAAUAUUAAUAAUUCUUCAGAAAGUGAUUUUACUUUAAUAACAACAACAACAGGAAUUCGACAAAUUAUUGUGAAAGCAAUUACGUCAUAUCCGUCAAAGGGAACCAGUUAUAUUGCGUCAGUAACACAAACUGAAAGUAAGAAGACAUGCGACAAUGCAGCAGCAUGUUUAUAUCCUUACGUGUCUUACUUUGCUGGAAUUGUGAUGUUUCUUCUUAUUGUGUACUUGACUAUUGUAUUCGGAAGAUGUGUAUGUGAUGAUUCGUAUUAAGUAAAAUGUAAUAAGUUUGAAAAACAACGAAUUUCUGCAACUGGGAACCAGACGAAAUGUUGCUCUCAUCAAUCUUUUAGUACAAUUGAUAUAUUUGUAUUACCGAUAUCAAUUUAACAUAUCAAUAUAAAGGACUCAUUGUGUU